GGGCUUCAACCAGCCGUUUUCACAGAAGUCUCACAGCAGCAACUUUCCUCCAGUGUCUGGAUUUCAGAGAUCUUCUGUGGCUCUUUACGCGACAUAACACGCGCACCACGUGGCCGACGCUGCAAACCUGAAAUGUGAACCAGACUCACCUGAGACCUGGAUUCAGACGAAGCCUUAAGUUUAGUCUGCCUUCUCAUCUUGGACCGUCACCGGUGUGUUUCACCAAAAUGCUCCAGCUGUGGACAAACUGCAUUUUCCUGCUGGCAUGUUGCCGUGGAUUAGGGCUCGGAAGCCCGAACAGAUGCGACGAAGUCCGCAAAGUUUUCCAACUCAGGCAGAUCGGACCUCAUCAAUCUUUGCCUUUAAGUCCCAGACCAGGUUCAGACCUGCAAGUGUGCACGUCGAGGAACCUGACCUGCUGCACCAAAAAGAUGGAGGAGAAGUACCAGGUGGCCGCCCGCAGAGACGUCCAGGGCCUCCUCCAGACGUCCAGCUCCGGCCUCAAGCUGCUCAUCUCGCGCAACGUGGCUGCUUUUCAGGAGAUCUUUGAGGUUCUGAUGAGACAGGCUGAGAACCACACUAAUGCCCUCCUCCAGGACUCGUACCGCAGCAUGGCGGACCAGGCCGCGGGCCCCGUGCGGGAGCUGCUGACCGACAUCGGGCUCUUCCUGCUGGGCUCGGAGCUCAGCGUGGACGACGUCGUGCAGCGGUUCUUCGACGCUCUCUUCCCGCUGGUCUACAGCCGCCUCAUCAACCCGGGGCUGAGCGACGCGUCGCCAGGCCACGCCGAGUGCGUGAGGUCGUCGAGCCGCGAGCUGAGGCCCUUUGGAGCGGCGCCCGGGUUCCUGGCUGAUCAGAUCUCCCGCUCUGGGGUCUCUGGGAAGCUUCUCAUUCAGGCCCUGCACCUCGGCAUCGAGGUCAUCAACACCACGGACCACUUACAGCUGAGCCGCGAGUGCAGACGGGCCCUGCUCAAGAUGCAUUACUGUCCUCACUGUCAGGGCUUAACCCAGUCCAAGCCCUGCAUGGGGUACUGCCUCAACGUGAUGCGCGGCUGCUUGGCCAGCAUGGCUGAGAUCGACGCCCACUGGAGGGAGUUUGUGCACUCGCUGGAGGGCCUGUCGGCGAGGAUGCAGGGGCCCCAGGAUCUGGAGCAAGUGCUGCUGGGAGUUCACACGCUGCUGCGCGACGCCAUCAGACAUGCUCAGAGGAACGGCCCUCAGCUCUCAGCACAGGUGCACAAACUGUGCGGCCCUCCAAGCAGAAAACCUGCCCUGUCAGUCAGCAUCCAGCGCGGCGGUGGCAGCGGCGGCGGCAGGGACUCCAUCCCCCUCAGAGCCCCCGUCCGGGCGCCGGGGGACUCGCUCGCUGUCAGGAGGAGGGACUUCCUGAACAGCCUGCGUCACUACCGCACCUUCUACGGCGGCCUGGCCGAUCAGCUGUGUGUCAGUGAGCUGACCUCCAGUGACGGGCUCAGCUGCUGGAACGGCACCGACCUCGUAAAAAGCUACACUCUCCGCGUGGUCGGCAACGGGAUCAAAGCUCAGAGCACCAACCCGGAGGUCAAAGUGAAGGAAGCCGACCCCUUGAUCAACCAGAUCAUUGACAAACUGAAACACGUCAAUCAGCUGCUGCAGGGGAAGACCAUUCCUAAACUGGGCUCACUGGACCAGAUCGAAACUGGAAGUGGAGAUGCAGAGGGCCACUACAGCGGAGACUGCGAUGAUGAAGACGGUUGUGGGGGUUCUGGGGGCGGUGAGCUUAAGAGAAAAGCCUCCAGAGGCUCCAAAACGAGUCCAGAUGUGACCGGCGAUCACAAACAUCAUCAUUAUCAUCAUCAUCACCCACCUGCCCACGGCUCGGAAGCAGAGGGCCAGUCCCGGGGCCUCCGUCUGACGGGCGCCAUCUGGGUCUUGGCGCUGCCCUGUUUACACGUGUUCCUGGCCGUGUAACAGCUGCCUUUUUUUGCAGCGGGAAACUUUCAGGACUUGAUUUCAAGCUUAUUUAUGCCCAAAUGAAGGAGCUCCAGUACGUCAGGGAACGUCACUUCCACACGGUGCCGGACGCGGUAGGAGUGAGUCCCAGACGCUGGGGCUUCAGUGGCUCAGCUUUACAGAUAGUAACAUGUUUUUUUACCAGUUUCCUGACUUUUCUCUAACAGUAAUGAUUUAUUUAUAAAAAGCCAUUUGAAAGAAAAAAAAAAAGUUCUAAAACGUAUAUAUUUAAAGUUCGGUACUAAUUUAAUUGUAUUUCUGCACAUUGAUUUGUAUCUGCAUAUCACACUUUAACGGACUCGGCGCCGGUUCUACUUCUAUUUAAUGGGGUUCUACAGAAGCUGUGAGAUCAGUUUUACAUUGAGGACAAAAGUCUCCACAUGUGCGUUUGCUCUACACAGAACCAAAUACAAAGCACUUUGCUUUCGUCCUCAUUAUGAAUCAAACAGACACACGCUGUAUUCCGUGUUUUGCCAGUUCUGUAUGAACAAAGAAAUUGGACUCAUCUGCUCCUUGUGACUGUUAAUGGCUGCCAUGCUGUCCUGGGUCCAUUUAAUUGGUACAGCUCUGGUCCAGAACUGACCUCUGAUGUUCCUGCUAAGAGAAGCGGUGAAAGGAGAAGCAGACAGGUGGGAGCGAGGGCAAAUUCAUACUCCUCUCUUUUCUUUUUUUUUUUUUUUUGAAUAGAUUACUUUCCUCAGGAGUCUUUUAUCGUCUUUCAAACUCACUCCCUCUCUCCCUUCGCGGGCCCAUGUAGGAACUUAUAGCUCCUGGAGCCACUGGUGAGGAAGAAUCCAAUUGCUUCUACCUGCUUCCGACUGCAUGCUGCUGGUGCGAUGCCGGCAGGUUUCUGUGCACAGAGAAGGAAAAUGAAUUUGUUUCACAUGCGCUGUGUCUGGUCAGCGGCCAAGAGAGACGGGUCCUCGGCCGCGCUGCAAUAACUGUUGCCUGUGAAGCUGUACAGAUGCGCCCCAAGUGUAGAAAAACGCAUACUGCUACUGUAAAAAUGACCCACAACAUUUGAUGGUGGAUCAAGAUGGAAUUUCUGUGUUGGUUUCAUGUUUACAGAAGUUUUUGACACCUUAUAUGAGCAAUAAACUAUAAUGAUAAACAUGAUUAAAAAGAUGAUCUGAAAUUAA